CAAUGAAUUACUUCACAAUUCAAAGUAGUAGAUAUUUCUAUGUCUCAUUCAACAUUUAAUAGAUCUAACUAAAAUUGCAAUGAAGUGUGCCGUCAAAAGAUUUUUAGAUAUGAAACUAUUUUGUGUUGGAAAAGAAAUUGAGAAGGCUCCUAUUUUAUUAACUAAAAAAGUUGACAUGAUAUAAUUUGCAGCAGUUAAGAGAAUUAAGAUGAAAAAAGUUAUGCGUAGUGAAUCCAAUUCUCUUCGUUAAUCUGAAAAUAAGUAAGAUCUCAGGAUUAUUAUUGAUAAAAAAGAUAGAAUUUCUAUUAAUGAUGUCAUUUCUCAUUUUGAAAAAAGUGAAAUCAUUAAAAAAAAUGAUAAAUCAUAUGAUGAAAUAAACAAUGAUAAUAUCAGUACUACAUGCAAUAGAAACAUAUAGAGACAUUAAAGUAUGAAGAAACAUACUGAUCCAACUACUUAAAGAUUACAAUUUCCCAGUAUAUACAAGAAUUCUUCCUCUGUUUUAUACAAAGUUCUUAAAUCACGUAAUUAAUUCAUUAAUCAAACAAUAUCUAAUUACAUUAAAGAAUUGUAAGACAAAGGAAUUUAUUUAGAAUGA